GAAUUGAACACGAACACGCGACAUUAUCUCGGCCACAUCUUGACGACAUCGUGCGAGUGACCUUCAUGACCGCGCGCCCGCUUUGCACGAAGAUGCGGUGAAGAAGCAUCAGUUCAUAUAGAAUUCCGAAUCCAACACAAGGUCGCCUCCCAUGGCGAUCUUCUCCUACCUCCGGUCCAUCUACGACCUCGACACCCUCGACACUCGCUUCACGAGCCCCUCCUCCGUCCCGUACAAGACUGUCGUCGAAGCGCGCGCCGACCCCGCGUUGGGCAGAGAACCUCCAAUCAAGGCCCACAGUCGCUCUCAGCCGUCAAAAUGGAGAUCCCCAGAGUUUCUCCUCUACUACCUCGUGCUGUCCGUCGUGGUGCCGUGGAUGUUCUGGAUCGCAUACGACGUCUCGCGCCCUACCGACCCUCGAUACCACAAAUAUGAAAGGUUGCUUUCUGAUGGCUGGAUUCCAGGGCGCAAGAUUGAUGUGUCCGACCAGCAAUAUAGCUUCUUCCGAUCCAACCUCCCUGCCAUGAGCGCUCUUCUGGUCGUGCAUCCGCUGCUUAGAAAAGCCUGGAACUCGGUUUUCCCCGUAUCAAACGAACUGCACCGAAGGUCAACGGCCGGCCAGGGAGCUGCGCGACUGACGCAGCGUGCGAGCUUCGACUAUAUCUUCGCCCUGGUCUUCCUCGCCGUUCUUCACGGCGUCUCUGCGCUCAAAGUGCUGGCCAUUUUGGGGUAA